UUGCACUAACGAAGAUAGAAAGAAGGGGUGGUCGCUCAUUGCUGAAGAAGGGGCACUUACAUUGAUCUAUGGCUUCUUCGCAGCUUAUUGGAGCUUCGUUCACUGGUGCGGUUAAUUGGCACCUAGGUGCUCCUCCAAAUGGUAGCUCAUUAUCUUUCCCUAAUCUUUCAUCCCUAUCCAUUCUCACUCGGCAGAGACAAAGAGCUACGACCACCACUCUCCGAUUCUCAACAAUGGCGAAAAGGAAAACCGAAGAAACGGCAGUGACCCAGCAAGGGCAAACGAACCCUAGUGGCGAAAAACCCCAAGAAGAAGUGGAGGAAGAAGUAGAGGACGACUUGCCUUGGCUUCAGGAGAAGGCGAUGGACCUGGUGGAAUUCACGGGGUCGGUAACGCAGGCGAUUCCUGGGCCCAGGGUCGGUAGUAGUUCAUUGCCGUGGAUUCUCGCUUUACCGUUGGUUUAUACUGGUAUCACUUUUGUUAUCGCAUUUGUCAAGACUGUCCGGAAGUUCAAUUCCCCAAAGGAGAAAAGGAAAAAAUUGGUGAACAAGAAUGCUGUGUUAUGCAAAUCGAUAGAUGAGUUGCUUCAGAAAGGAAGGCAUGAAGUACAACAUUCAUCUCUGAAGGUGCUUAUGCAAAAGACAGGUUUUGACAUGGAGGAAAUUUUGCGGAAGUACAUCCGGUAUGUGAUGAAUGAAAGACCCUUCAAUGCAGACGUGGUUGCAGAUCUAAUCCAACUCAGAAAAGCUUCAAUGUUGGAUGAUGCCACGGUUGCUGAAAUUCUAAAUGAGAUCUCAAGGCGAAUUGUGCGAGACAAAGGACCAGUUGUCAUGGAUAUUUCGGGAUACACAGAAAAGGGAUUAAGGCGAAAACUAGCUGUACGGGCCCUUUUUGGAAAGGUUCAUUAUUUAUCUGAGCUUCCAGAGUUCUGCUCAAGGGAUAGCUCCCUAAUCGUUAAGGAGAUAUUUGGGGUUAUAGAUGAAGAUGUAGAUACCCUUCGGAUACAUACUUUCUCUGAGGCUGGAGACAUGGAUUCGAUUCAGAAAAUGGUGGAUGGAUUAGAUGCAGGAGACACCAGUGAGGGAGAAUCUAAUGGUUCUAAGAAUGACGCAUCAGGUGCUUAGGAUUCUUGCGGAGGGAUAAGUGUAAGACUAUAGGGUCUAGCCCUACAGAAAAGUCCAAUUUUUGUUUGAAAAAUUCUUCAUAUCUAUUUCUAAGAUAGAUAGAAGUGAGAGAGGAAAAGAAGUUUGACAAGGCCUAUUUUCCGUUUCAAUUUUGCAAUACUGUGUUACUCUUUUGUUAUCCCCUUUAUACAUAAAUUUUUGCUAAGAAUUAUUUGCUAAUCUAGGCGAUGAA